GUUUGGUUGUGACCUAUUUUAAGCUGGCUCAUUUCUGAACUUGGUCUUUUCUCUGAAGCGUAAGGAAAGAGGACAUGGAUUUUUAUAUUCAUGCUGCCACAAUCCUCGAUGAUUUAAGUCAGAAAAAGGGUUCUAUAAAGCAGCUCGUAUUUAAUUCAAAGAAGCAUGAUCCUAAAAGGACAUAUGCGUUGGUCUGUGAGACUUUAAAAUAUAAACACGUUUUGGACGAAGUCAUUGAAUCUGCAAAGCUAUUGGAUUUAGAGAAAAAGAUAAAAAAAAAUCUUGCAAGGGUUUUGGUACAUGAUCUAUUGAUGUCUAAGCGUGGAAUUAGUGCCUCGACAGGCUUGAUUAAAGAAGCGAUUUUGCGACACAAAACUCGGUUGAAUGCAGAGUUUGUCAAGCUGAAAAUCCGCAAAAGGGUCAAGUCGCACGAAGAAUUAGCAUUGAAGAACCCAGUUACUCUUCCCCGCUGGGUUCGUAUAAAUACCGUUAAAGCUACCCAAGAAGAAGUAAUAAAGCAAUUGGCACUGACUCGGGUGUUUUCUUUAAAAGAGGUGGGACCAAAAACAUAUUACAUGGAUGAAACGAUAGAUAACUUAAUUGCACUUGACAGCGAAGUUUCCUUGGUCAGUGAAAGUUGCUACCAAGAGGGAAAGAUUAUUAUUCAAGACAAAGCUUCAUGUAUCCCUGCGGCGAUAUUGGGGAAUCAGCGACAAACAAAAGUUGGAAAUAUCAUUGAUGGGUGUGCGGCUCCUGGGAAUAAAACAACCCAUCUGGCAGCUUUAUUUCCUGAUUCAAAAAUAUUUGCUUUUGAGAGGGACAGUCAGAGAGUAAAGACGCUUCAAAAAAUGGUAGACAUAUCCGGGGCGCAAAAUGUUGAGAUUAUACAUGGAGAUUUCACUCAUAGUGAUCCGAUGGAUCCCAAGUUUGCAAAUGUUACGCAUAUUUUGCUAGACCCGUCUUGCUCCGGGUCGGGAAUAGUUAGUCGUCAAGACUUUUUGCUCGAAGAUUCUGAACAAGAUGUAGUGGAAGAUGUAAAUCGGCUGGAAAAUCUUUGUAGCUUUCAAUCUACCAUUUUGAAGCACGCAUUACAGUUUCCCGAAUCUCGUUACGUUACAUAUUCUACAUGCUCUGUGCAUAGACUUGAAAAUGAGCAAGUCGUUUGCGAUGUCUUGUCACAAGAUUCACAAUGGAAAUGUAACAGCUUGGAAAAUACAUUGCCUCAGUGGGAAGAUCGUGGUAUUCCAGAAUACUGCACAGAUCCCACGAUGGCAAAGUCGAUGAUUCGUUGUGUACCUGGAAAAUUUGGAACGAUUGGAUUUUUUGUCUGUAAUCUAUAUCAUCCGGGGCGUGUGGGGGAUCUAUUUGAGAAAAACAUGUCCAGUGCAGUAGAAAGUAAUGCCAAACGGAAAAGAAAGAACAAAAAGAUGAAAAGCAUAAAGAGAAAAAAGGAAAAGAAACUAGAAGCAGCUGAUAAUUCUACUGCAGAUGCUACUGUCUAAAAUUGAAUUCAUUGGUUUACAAUGCUACUAAGCAACAAAAGAAAGUAUUCUUAGGGGUUAGGUGUUUGAAAACGGAAAAAAUAAUUACUGUACUUGCACAAAAUGAAUGGUGUCCAGUAUAAAAACAUGUAAUUAUAUACUUAACGUAAGUUCUCCUUUUGUCUAAUGUGUGCUUCCUCCGUAAGUGA